AUGAGUUCAUCUCAGCGUCUCACCAAAUAUGCCGCCUUCACUCGUCCCGAAUCCGGCAUCAGCCAAAUCGGCCACUUGGAUGCAGCAGCCGGCACGAUCCAGCCCCUCAGACUCCUCUCCGGAUACCCCCUCAAAGACCUCUACGAGGUCAUCGAAGCCGGUACUUCGCAGAUAGUCGCCUCGGGCCCGGCUCUGCCCCUCUCGUCCGUCAAGAUCCUGGCCCCCCUUGCAGGUCGCGAUGUAUUGGCUGUGGGUAAAAACUAUAUGGAGCACGCAAAGGAGUUUAACGCCUCGGGGUUCGACAGCUCGGACAAGGUUGACAAGCCGAGCCAUCCCGUCAUCUUCACCAAGCGCGCGACGAGCAUCAUUGCGGAUGGCGAGGACAUUUACUUGCAUCCGGAGUUUUCAAAGACGGUCGACUAUGAGGGCGAGAUUGGCGUCAUUGUUGGCAAGGCCGGGUUUCGGAUUCCCAAGGAAAUGGCCAUGGACUAUGUUUGGGGAUACACGAUCAUCAACGAUGUGACGGCGAGAGAGAGGCAACGAGAUCACAAGCAGUUUUACAUUGGCAAGUCGGCAGAUACAUUCUGCCCCAUGGGACCUGUCGCAGUUCCCAAGGAAGACCUUCCUGCGGUACUGCGCGUUCAGACGCACGUCAAUGGCGAGCUGCGCCAGGAUGCAACGACUGACGAGCUCAUUUUCGAUAUCCCUACUUUGAUCAGCACGCUCUCGGAAGGCCAGACAUUACUGCCAGGCGAUGUAAUUGCCUCUGGCACGCCUGCUGGUGUCGGCAUUGGACGAAAUCCACCCAUAUUCCUGAAAGAGGGCGACCAGAUCACCAUCACCAUUCCUGGCAUUGGCACAUUAAACAACAAAGUCACUACUGUGAACGGCACCAGCGAGCGUCUUGCUUCUCAGUCUGCCUUUGGCCUUUCCAACGCGACGCGUUCCCUCAACGGCACAGCGGGACUGACCUACAUCAAUGGCAAGCCGCUGCAUUACAAGCGACUCGGUUCCGGACCCAACCACAUGGUCUUUGUCCACGGUCUAGGCCAGACAAAGGAGUAUUUUCUGCCGUUGAUCUCUGAGAUGGGACUUGACAAACGAAACACGGUGCAUUUGUUUGACUUUGAAGGCCAUGGACUCAGCCCUACACAUCCGCUGAGCGUCCUCAGCGUGGAUUCGCUGGCAUCGGACCUUGCCGGCGUGUUUUCGCACGCCGGAGUCACGAAAUCAAAUCCUGCAAUGGUCAUAGCAAGCUCCCUUGGCUGUCUGAUUGCUCUCAAGUUCAUCCUCGACAACCCUGGUAUGGUGUAUCAGCUUGUGCUGUUCAGCCCGCCACCUUACCCCCUGCCCGAAACCCACAGAACGGCCUGGCAGCAGCGGAGCGAGCUGGCCCGCAUGUCGGGGAUGGAAGCGGUAGUGGACGAUAUUAUUCUUGCCACUACGUCGGAGUCUACGAGAAAGAGUAAUCCCCUUGUGGAGGCCGCGGUUCGGUUGAGUUUGCUUGGACAAGAGCCGGAGGCGUUUGCGAAGGCUUGCGAAGCCUUUUUAGGAGACGAUGAGAGAGGGGGGUUGUUGGGGGGGCUUGAUCCGGACUUUGUGGACAUUCCUUACGAAUUGGUUAUUGUGUCGGGCGAGCACGAUGUGCUUUCUACGCCAGAGGUGGUUCGGGGUUAUGCCAGGAGGACGGAGGCGGUACAUUGUGGUUGGAUUAAUGAUGCUGCUCAGUGGAUUGUCUUUGAGAAUGUGAAGCAGCUAUCGGAGAAGUUGAGAGGAUAUAUAUAA